AUGUCUAAGUACGUAUGUGUGUCACAGGGAGUUGGAGGAAUCGUAGAGCUUGCGCCCGGGUACUUACCUGCGGUAUACGACAUCGUGAGGAGAGCCGGAGGAGUUUGCAUCGCCGAUGAAGUCCAAUCCGGUUUCGCUCGUACCGGAACCCAUUUCUGGGGGUUCCAAUCCCAUGGUGUUAUCCCCGACAUCGUCACUAUGGCCAAGGGGAUCGGAAACGGCAUCCCUCUUGGAGCGGUGGUUACUACACCGGAGAUCGCCAGCAUUUUAAGCCGGCGAAGUUAUUUUAAUACUUUCGGUGGGAACCCAAUGUGCACUGCGGCGGGACAUGCUGUCCUUAGAGUCAUUCAUGAAGAGAAGCUCCAAGAAAACGCUUUCCUCGUUGGCUCUCAUCUCAAACGUAGACUUACACAGCUCAAAGACAAACAUGAACUCAUCGGAGACGUGAGAGGAAGAGGACUCAUGCUAGGUGUUGAGUUUGUAACAGACCGUGACUUAAAAACUCCUGCUAAAGCAGAGACUCUUCACUUAAUGGAUCAAAUGAAAGAAAUGGGAGUGUUGGUGGGUAAAGGUGGUUUCUACGGGAACGUCUUCAGAAUCACUCCUCCUCUUUGCUUCACCAUGCUCGACGCUGAUUUCCUUGUGGAUGUGAUGGAUCACGCUAUGUCCAAGAUGUGA